CCAGUUAACACGUCUACACUCAACAUGGACUUCCAUGUUUUUCUAGCUUUACUGGCAGCAUUUGGGCCUUUCGUUGUCGGGUCACCAUUGGAUUUAAGAACUUUAAGAAGAUUUCAAAGGAAUAGAAGUAAUGAUAAGUGCAAAGCUCACAAGAUCGUGACAUCCGGGUAUCCUAGGAUUCGAGGACCCAGGACGCUGGAUGACCGGAUAGUGAUUGUGGGUGCGGGGAUUGGUGGUGUCCACAUGGCAACCUUACUGAAGGAUCGUGGCUACAGGAAUGUUGUUAUAUUAGAACAACGACCAGAGAUCGGCGGAAAGGCUUACUCUCGAUUCUACAGAGGAGUCUGGAACGAGUUUGGAACCGUGUUUUUUACGGACAUUUAUGACCAAACAGCGAAACUAAUUGAGAAAUACACUCCAGAUUUUAGAAUCAAAUCCAAAAGUACUUCUUCUGUCAUGCAGAACGACAAUGAGGAAACAUCGUGGCGAGAAUUUCUAAUCCAAAAUACCGGAGAAACCAACCCCCAGGUCGCUCUUCGUAGAAUUGUUGCUCAGUUAAACAGAUAUGAACAAAUCCAUCGCUGUUUGUUCGGAAAUUACUCCAGUGAACUUAUGCCUCGCCCGACACCCGACGUUAUGUACGAAAUUCAAGGGACAGUUUUGGAGUUCUUACAGAGAAAUGAUUUAUUGCUUUUGGCUCCAUAUUUCCGAAUUUUUCUUACAACCAAUGGCUAUGGCUAUGUCAAUGAAACUGCAGCUAUAUAUGGACUGAUGUGGGUUCCCCCAGUCGUCAUUAGAGGGACGUUUACACCGACAAACGGAUUCUGGAUUCUGGAGGGUGGAUUUCAGGUGCUUGUAAAUGAAAUUGCAAAGCAAAGGAAUUUAGAUAUUCGUCUUGGAGUGGACGUCGUUCAAAUUCAGAGAAGGAAUGGCCCAUUGGGUGUAUUUGUAUCUUAUAAGUCAAAGGGAAGUUCAGCUGUUCUUACUGAUCGUUUUGACUUUCUCAUACUUUCUCCAGCAAUGAACUCACUGUUUGAUAUCGUUGAUUUCCACCCACAAGAGAAGAAUAUUUUCAAGAAUCUGAUGAAUGCUAAUUUCGUCACUUCCUUGGUGGAAUCUGACAUAGGUAGACGUCCCCGUGAUCCUCAAGUGUAUUUCAAUCACGACCUAGACCAGCUUUCGUAUUCUAUGUAUUUAUCAAUUACGUUUUACCACCUUAAAAAUAACAUCACUGGCGAUGAUUAUCGUUUUGGAAUUCGAGAAAAUGGCCCCGAUGGUAGGCCCCAAGAAACGACCAUGUACUAUCAGUACGGUCUUGAAAACCCCUGGGCAAAGGACACAGAUUCAAUGAUUCAAUCAAAACUUGGAGCCUUUCUUAAAAGAUUCGAUAAAACUAAUCCACGAGUUCUCGAACAGAUAAAAUGGGGAUACUAUUUCCCAAGGUUUCCGCCCCAGGCGGCAGAUAGAGGAUAUCUAUGGGAUAUUUUAGACAUGCAAGGCCAAUUCAAUACCUGGUAUAUUGGCUCGUCCGUCUGCUUUGAAAGCUUUGAAAGUGUGGUCGAAUACAACAACUUGUUGAUGAAACUUCAACAUUAAAAUGAAAUUUUGUUGAAAACACGAGAUAACAAAAUAUUUUAAUUUUCUGUGUUGGAAAAAAAUCGUUUUGUUAUCGAAAAUUGCUGUAAUAAUAGUAGUCGAAUGUUACACUAGUUUUUCAACUGAUUCAAAUUUACAUAUACAUGUAGAAAAUACAUUUGUGAAAAUUACAUAUAUAAAAUGGCAUGGUUUUUGAAAUGAAAACUGGCAUUAUAGACGGUAAGUUAAGCAGUAGAGUUUUAAAUGUGACUUUUAAAUUUUCGUAAUCUUAAGUUUUGUCAAGGGUAUUUUUUUUUAAAUAUUCCAUAUCGUUUACCAUUUUGCAUUGUUGUGGCAUGUAUUGUGUUUUCAAUUAAAUUGUAAAUAUAAGAAACUA